AUGACCUAUGUCCGCCGCAGGCCUGGGCUGAUGGUAGAUCAGAGGAGGCCCGCGGCAACUCGUGACAUUCUUUGGCUCACGGUCAACGACAUCACUUUGGUCAACGUUUACCGCCAACCGUCAUACGACGAGGCCCUCGACAUACUACUCCAAUGGCCCGCGCCAAACAGAUGUCUGGUAGCAGGCGAUUUCAACGCCAAACACCACAGCUGGCAAGCCGGCCGCAUCGAGGGCCGCGGCGAGGCUGUAGCUGCAUGGGCGACAGCCAACGGUCUGAACCUGCUCAACCCGGCUGACGUCCCGACAAAUCCUCAUGGCAAUACGAUCGACCUUGCCUUCUCUAAUAUCGCCUUGGCCAAUGCCGUGGUGGAAGACCAUCUUGCCACCAGCUCCGACCACUUCACGCUCAGCACUACCCUGCCUGAGCUCGCUGUAGCGCCCCCACCCACUGGGAAGUUUGCCGCCAAAGCUGCAGGCCGGCCGGUCCGCAAGGGCGCACGCAGCGCGCCCUGGUGGACGGAGGAAUGCUCCUUGGCCGCGGUGGAGUAUCGCGCAAGAGUCGUGCGGCGAGUCAAGCGCCGUUACUGGCGCGAUCUGAUUGACAGCUUCACGGACAGUGCGUCCGUCUUCAAGGCGGUCCUGGAUGAUACCGUCUAUGAGACCCAACUAGACAAAGCCAACGCCCUGCGACGAGCAACGCUCGAACGUCGCACUUCGCAGGAUGACAUCACGGAUCCAACGUUUCCCUGGAGGUCCGGGACGCGACCCUUCGCACGGGUAACACCUCCCCGGCUCCGAUAA